AUGGCAGCCAGGAUUCUGAUCUCGUUGCUGACUGCAUCGUUGGUGACCAGUCAAGUAACUUUCCAAAACAGCACUGGCACAAAGUUAAGAGUGGACAAUGGAACAUACGGACCACCCAUCGAAGAAGUGCACUACUACGGCCGCAUCUUCACGACCUAUACCCGCGGAUCCUACGACUACACUCUCGGCGUCGUAGUCAACGAAACAGCCGAAACCCCCUACCCCUCCGCUGAACUCAACCUGCCUCCAGACCAACUAAAUACCUCCUGGAACGGGAUCCCUUUCGGCUCCGGCAACGCCUCAGCCUUCAUCAGCGUCCAAGCAGUCUACAUCACGUCCAACACUUCCUCGCGCCCAGAAACCCUCUGGGCAAUCGACACCGGCCGGCCCACAGUGCACAAUGCGCAAGGCGACCCAUCAAUGCCCUACGCUCAGCCAGGCGGCCCAAAACUCGUCGCCAUUUCCCUGGCAAACAACUCCAUCUACCAGACGUACACAUUCCCAGCGAGCGUGCACUAUCCAGAUAGUUACCUAAACGACCUGCGCUUCGACUUCAACCCCAACUUGACCGAUACCUCCGGCGCAGGCGUAGCCUACCUCGUGGACUCCUCCAACGAAGGGCGCCCCGGCUUCAUCAUGGUCGACCUCGGCACCGGCGACUCCUGGCGCCGCCUCACGCAAGACGCGUCCGUCCUGCGCGGCGAAAACGACGUCCCCUCCUACCAAGGACACCCCUUCUACCUCCGCCAAUCCGGCAUGCCCAUCACCUGGCAGCAGGAAGGCCUCGACGGCAUCCAACUGACCCCAGAUGGCGAAACAAUGUACUACUCCCCGCUCUCCCAACGCACGCUCUACUCCAUCCCCACGCGCAACCUCCGCACAAGAGACACCGACCCCCUCGCCGAACUCAACGCCCACGCAAACGUAAGUUCCCACGGCCAGCGCGGCGGCGACGCAAACGGCUUCGAAGGCGACUCCAACGGCCUGAUCUACCAGCUCAUGCCCGAGCACAACGCGAUUUACUACUACGACCCGCGAGACGGGCAGACGCACGGGUUUGUGCGGGAUCCGAGGAUUAUCUGGCCGGAUGGGGCGAGCGUGGGGGCGGAUGGGUAUAUUUAUAUGAACAUUAAUCAGCUGCCGUAUCAGCCGGAUUGGAAUGAUGGGGUGGAUGGGAGGACGUAUCCAGGGGCGGUGUUGAGGUGUAAGUUACCCGAGAAUAGGACGAAGAUCCGGAGUUUGUAUGAGUGA